AUGGCACCGCACAGUGAAUUCGACGGCCAUGAGCCCAACGGCAACGGCCUUUCUAACGGCGCCAACGGCCAUGCGCAGGUUGCACCUCAGGCGCCAGCGCCAGCGGCGCACAACACAUACCGGAACAGGUCUGCCCAUCUCCAGGCGCCUGACCCAGAGUCUGUUCACGAUCUCCUCUGCGUUGGCUUCGGCCCGGCAAGUCUGGCUAUCGCUGUUGCACUCCACGACUCCCUCGAGGCCGGGACCCUGAAGCAGGCCCCCAACGUUCUCUUCCUCGAGAAGCAGCCCAGGUUUGCCUGGCACGCCGGCAUGCUUCUCCCCGGAGCCAAGAUGCAGAUCUCGUUCCUCAAGGAUAUGGCCUCCUUGCGCGACCCGAGGUCUCAGUUCACCUUCCUCAACUAUGUCCACAGCCAGGACCGGCUCCUCGACUUCAUUAACUUGGACACUUUCCUGCCCGCCAGGACAGAGUACGAGGACUACCUGCGGUGGUGUGCGAGCCACUUUGACGAUGUUGUCAGAUACAACAGCGAGGUUGUAUCUGUGUCACCUGACGAGAACUCGAACGGCAUCAAGACGUUCACAGUGGUCGAGCGCAACGCGAAGACCGGCGCCCUCAGCUCGCACCGCGCCCGCAACGUCAUUCUUGCCGUUGGUGGGCAGGCUUCGAUACCCAAGCCUCUGCCGGCCAAGAGCCCACGAGUGAUCCACUCGUCCCAGUACGCGUACACGGUGCCCAAGAUCCUGACCGACCGCAACGCACCAGUCAAGGUCGCCGUUAUUGGCGGUGGGCAGAGUGCGGCAGAGAUUUUCAACAACGUGUCGAACAUGUACCCCAACUCCAAGACCUACAUGAUCAUGAAGUCCGAGUUCAUCAAGCCGAGCGAUGACUCUCCAUUUGUGAACUGCAUCUUCAACCCUGAUUGGGUCGACAGGCUGUACCCCAAGCCCUCUGAGUACAGGUCAAGUCUGAUCAAGGAGGCCAAGGCCACCAACUACGGUGUCGUCCGACUCAACCUGAUUGAGACGCUGUUUGAGAUGAUGUACGACCAGAAGCGACAACUUGGCCACGACGAGACGAAGUGGCCCCACCGCAUCAUGGGCGGCAGACAGAUCGUGGCAGCAGACGACCAGGGCGACAAGCUCCGCCUCAGCGUGCGCCACGCAUCAACGUCUGGAGACGUCGCACUGGAGGCGGACGGCCUUGUCGAGGUCCCGGGAAGCCCGCUGAACUCUGGCGAGGAGAUCUUGGACGUCGACCUCGUCAUCGCCGCGACGGGCUACCAGCGCAAGGCGCACGUCGAGAUGCUCAAGGACGCCUGGACGCUGCUGCCGUCGCUCCAGGACGGUGUGGCCAGCGCCAAGCCUCGAUCUGACCAGUGGUCGGUCCAGACCGACGAUGGUGAGAGACGGGUCAUGGAAGUCUCCCGCGACUACAAGGUCAAGUUUGCAGAUGGCAUAGUUGCUCCAGCUGAGUGA